AUGCCGUGGGUUAUGCUCCACCUCUCCACCUCCUCCCACCCGCACUUCCGCGCCCUUCGCUUCAAUCACACCCCCGUUGAGGCGCUUUCAGCUGCUGCAGGGGAGAAAGGACAAGGAAGCGGAGGAAGAGGAGGAGGGAAAGUAGGAGGGAUUGUGGGGGGGAGUGGGUGGGGAGUGAGAAAGGGGGAGGUGUGGAGGCCGAGGAGGGGGGAGGGAGUGUGUGAGCUGGGGAGGGGGGACUGGCAAGUGGAGAGGGAGGGGUAUCCGCUGUACGCAGCAGAAGACUGUCCCUUCAUUAGUGGCACAUUCAACUGCCUGGUGCGGAGGGAGGGCUCCAAGUUCCAAGCCCCCUCUCCUCUAGUCUUCCAGUAUACAUUCCCCCUCACCAACACCAGUCUUGACUUUUUCCACUCUGACUUUCUAACCGUCCUGGAAACAGCCCCUUCACCUGAGCAAUCAGAUACACCUGCCCCAGACACACCUGCUGCAGAUAGGGGCGUUCCAGAUGUGGCUAAUCCUUUAUUGGCCAAGAAUAUGUCUGAGGGCAUUAAUAACAGCAGUAUUACUGCCACCAAUAUCGUUGCUAGCUUUAGUAGCAGUAGCAACGCAGGCAUUGGCAGAAGUCUUCUCACAGAUACUUCUGAAACCAGCCAGGAGCCAGGCUCGAAUGGGUUGAAUGCGGUGGAACCGGGUUCGGACAGGUCCGGAGCGGCAAAGCCAGGUUCAGAGGGGUUGGGAGCGGUACGGGUGGUGCGGUUGGAUGCGUGGGCAGCGUAUGUGGUGGCAGCACAGCCGCAUGUGCUGGUGAUUCACACGGGAGGGGCGUGGGUGGGGCUGCAGCGGCGGUGGCAGGAGCAUAGGGCGCGUUUACAUGCUUCUCAGGAGGGGCAGCAGGGGAAGGAGGGUCAGAAGGCGAAUGAGGGGAAGGAAGGGCAGAAGGGGCAGAAGGGGCAGACGGGGCAGGAGGAGUGGCAGGAGGGGCAGAAGGGGCAAGAGGGGCAGAAGGGGCAGAAGGUUCAGGAGGGGAAGAAAGGGCAGAAGGGGCAGAAGGGGCAGAGUGCUUCGAAUGAAUCAAAGGUUUCUGCUGCUGUGGCUGAUAAAGAAGUUGAGGGAGGAGCGAAGGGAGGGAUGCAUGAAGGGGAAGUGGACGUGGGAAGCAAGGCGGAGGUUGGUGGGGGAAUGGUGGAGGCUGGUGGGGGAAAGGGGGAGGCUGAUGGGGGAAAGUGGAUGGCUGGUGGGGGAAAAGGGGAGGUUGGCAGGGGAAAGGGGAAGGCUGGUGGGGGAAAAGGGGAGGCUGGUGGGGGAGCUGGGGGGAAUGGCGGGGGGAAUAAGGGGAAGGGAAAGGGUGGGGAGAAGAAGGGGAAUGGUGGGGAGAAGAAGGGGAAUGGUGGGGAGAAUAUGGGGAAUGGCGGGGAAAAAGUUGGGAAUGGUGGAGGGAAGAAGGGAAGCAGUGGGGUAAAUGGAGUCAAUGGUGUGAACAGCAAAGGCGACAGUGGUGGUAAUCAAGGAAAUGUGAGGGGGAAUCAGUGCAAGGGUGGGGGGAGCAAGGAGGCCGGUCAGGGAAACAAAAGGAACGGUGUGGGAAAGAAGGGGAACAGUGGGGGGGAUAGCAAAAUCAGUGCGAGAAACAAAGGGAAUGCUGGGAUGCCAUUGGGAGGCAAUAGUAAAGCUGGGCAAAAAGGUGGAGGGACAGGAAAGCAGGCAGGCAGUGAGUCAAAGAAAGAAGGGGGGAAAGGAGAGAGUAGGGGUGAUAAGGUGAAGGAGCAAAGAAAAGCUGUAGCAGCGGUGCCCAUUACGGGUGCACGAGGGGGAGGAGGAGGGAAGGGCGAACGAUUGAGGAAGGCUGCAGGACAGAAAGGAGUCAAGGAAGAUGAGGUGGGGGCCUUCCGUAAAACGGACGGCUCAGAUGAGGGUUCAGAUGAAGCAGGGACCGUUGGUGGCAUGGGCAGCUCAGAUGAGGUGGGAGCCUUUCGUAGCGCGGACGGCUCGGAUGAAGCAGGGAUUGUUCGUAGCAUGGACGGUGCAGAUGAGGUGGAUGGAGCAUCGAUAAUCAAGGGCGGUGAUGCGAGAAUAGAGGAGGGGGAGGUGCAGCAGCAGGGCAGUGGUUCCUUUACUGAGGCGCCUCAAAACGCGUCGGUGGGUGGAUUGAUCAUGGAGGAGGGUGAUGUGACAGCAGAGGAGGGGGAGGUGCGGCAGCAAGGCGGUUCAUUCAUGGCGGAUGAAUCUGACAUAGUCCCAGAGGAAAUGUUUGAAGCGGGCUCUUUAGUCAGUCAAGGGAAUGGGAACUUUCUUGAGGAAGAUAGGGCGGUGGAAAAUGAAGAAGUGCCAGAGAAGCAACGGGGCGGUACAUUCGUGGCGGAUGAAUCUGACAGUGUUCAAGAGGAUAUGUCUGAAGCGAGCUCUUCAGUCGGUCAGGUCGACUCCAUUGAGGAAGGUGGAGCAGUUAAAGGGGUAACCCUAAACCCGGUAUCAGCUUUCACCAAGACGCUACGCAUGCUGCACCACUUCCUCUCCUCCCAACCCACCGCUGAAUCUCUCCCAACUUUUUUCCUCGGGCUACCCCGAGAACAUUAUUUCCGGGCAGACCAGGGCAACCAUACCUCGCUCUGCCUGCCAGACGACGCCACAUGUAAAGAAAACGGACAGUGUAGCUUGUUUUCGAGGCCGAGAGAGUGGUUGGAAGAGGGAGGGGAGGAGCAGGCACACCAGCAACGGUGGCAGCGGUGGCGGUGGCGGCAGGAGAGGGAGAGGAGGGAGAGAGUGGGUGCAGUCGAGUGUGGGGCAGAUGGAAAGGGUGGGGAGCCGGGGAGGAGGACCACGCCCCUAGUGGGGGCUCGAGGUGAGGGAGGGGGUGCUCUGUGCGGUGGAUGGUAUGUUGCUGGUGCGAUUAACGGAUCAGCUAAUAGGGGAGACAGGGAGGAGGAUCGCACUCCUAGUGGGGGUUCCAGGACGCUGUGGGCGGGGGGAGCUGGGUUUGCAUCUUUCCUUUCUACCCCUCACCUCCCCUUUUUCCCACUCACCCUUUCCUCUGCAAACCCUCCCAACUCCCACCCAAGCGCCGCCGCUAUGCCACCACAAGCUGGCAAGAUGCUGUGGGGGGAGGUAGCAGCGGGGGGGGAGGCGCAGGAGCGGGGGGGGAAGGCGCAGGCGCAGCAGCAGGGGGUGGGGGGGGAUCGGGGGGAGGGGGGGGGAGCAGGGGGAACAGGGGGGAGCGCGCGGAAGGGCGUGUAUCACUGCAACUACUGCCACAGGGAUGUGACAGGGGAGGUGCGCGUGAAGUGUGCGGCGUGUGUUGACUUUGACCUCUGCGUUGAAUGCUUCUCCGUGGGCGCCGCUGCCCACCCGCACUCCGCCUCGCACCCCUAUCAUGUCAUGGUGAGUGGGAGGGGAGGGGGGGAAGGGGGAGAAGGAGUGCGAGGGAGAGGGGUCAGGGGAGGGGGAGGGGGAUGGGGAGGGGGAGGGGGAGGGGGAGGGGGAGGGGGAGGGGGAGGGGGAGGGGGAGGGGGGGAGGGGGAGGGGGGGGAGGAGGGGAGGGAGAAGGGGGGGUGGGAAGUUGAAGCGAGCGUGGUAAGGGGCACGGGAUUCACAAGAGAGGGAGGAGAGGGUUUAGGGAGGGGAUGGAGAAAGGGGGAAUGGGAGGGGGAAGGAGGAAAGGUGGGCAGACGGGAAGAGAAAAGGUGGGCAGACGGGGAGUGGAAAGGUGGCAUUCUGACUGUGCGCCACCAACCGCACCAGGACACCAUGAGCUUCCCUCUCGUGCAUGAGGACUGGACUGCUGACGAGGAGAUGCUGCUGCUCGAGCCAACCCCUCUACCUCUCUUCCCUGUCUCCCUAUUUCUUUCCCCCCCCUUACCUCCUCUCUCCCCCCUUUCACACCAACCCACAGGCGCUGGAGAUGCGCUGGAGAUGUGCGGAAUGGGCAACUGGGGGGAGAUUGCGGAGCACGCGCUGGAGAUGUACGGAAUGGGCAACUGGGGGGAAAUUGCGGAGCACGUGGGGUCAAAGAGCAAGACACAGUGCCACGACCACUACCUCUAUGACUACCUGCUGUCACCAACCGGUCCCUUGCCUGAUCUAUCUCGCCUGCGCACCCAAGCAGAAACAGAAGCAGCCAAGGCGGCAAUGGAGGAGGAGGAGGCAGCAGAGAUUACUGACCUAUCUCGCCUGCGCACGCAAGCAGACACAGAAGCAGCCAAGGCGGCAAUGAAGGAGCAGGAGGCGGCAGAGACUGCAGCGAGGGCGCAGGAGGCAGUUCUGUUCAGCGUUCCUGUGGUCAAACCCGAACCAGGCACCAAGGCAGACGACGCUGCGGCACCAAUCACAAGCGGGUACAACACGAAGCGCAACGAGUUUGAUCCGGAAUACGACAACGAGGCCGAGGCACCGCUGGCAGAGCUGGAAUUCAAGGAUUCCGAUUCAAGUGUGGAUAGACAACUGAAGAUCAAGAUGCUGCACAUCUACUACUCCAGGCUGGAAGAGCGGUCAAGACGCAAGGCCUUCAUCUUGGAGCGUGGCCUGCUGGACCCGAGAAGAGUGGACGGAACGAUCCGACCCGAAACCACCACCGGCAGCAGGGAGAGAGUUAGGGACCGGGACAGGACAGAUGAACAACACAAGAGAGAGGAUGGUGCGGAACAGGGAGGGGAGAGGGAAAGGGGAACUCUGGGGGAGGUGGGGGCAGAAGCGGGAGAGGGUGGGGUGGAGAAGGGGGAAGGGGGAGGGAAGCGCGGAGGGAAGCGAGGAGGCGGUGGGGAGAGGAGAAGGUCGAAGGAGGAGAGGGAGAUGUUUCUGCGGUGCCGCGUGUUUGCGCGAUUUCUCAGUGCAGAGGAGCAUGAGGGGCUGGUGCAGAGCCUUACCCAGGCGCAGAGACUCAGAGACAGAGUGGCCGUGCUGCAGGAGUUGAGAGCAGCGGGGUGCAAGUCUCUAGCAGAGGGUCGUAGGUUCAUCCAGGCGCAUUACAAGGACAACCCCGCCGCUGCCGCUGCUGCUAUUGCAUGCCUUCCACCCUCCGCGACAGCCAUCAGCACAGCAUCAUCAGGAGGCGCUUCAGCAGCUCUUGACAUCUCCUCCCACCCUGGAUGCGACCUGCUGUCACCCAAGGAGCGUGAGCUGUGCACGCACAUGCGCCUGCUGCCAGCUCACUACCUUCGAGCCAAGCAGUUCAUCUUGCAACAAGCAGCGCUCCCAGGAGGGACCUUCUCAGGAGCAGCAGUGCACUUACAGUUUCGUCUUCCUCCAGCCACCAUUGACACCAUGUGCCCUGUCUUCUCUCCCUUCGGCCACCCCUUCUACCUCCCAUCCGGUCAUCCUACAGCAAGCAGCGAUGUUAUCUUGCAGCAAGCAGCCCUCUCAGGGGGGACCAUCUCACGAGCAGCAGUGCCACCGACUCUUCCGCCUGCCCCCGCCAUCACUGACGGCAUGUUCCUUGCGUUUUCUCCCUACAUCCCCCCAUCCCCCAUCCCCUCUCCCCCAUCGGAACAGGUUAUUUUGCAGCAAGCAGCCCCGUCGGGAGGGGCCAUUUCACGAGCAGCAGUGCAUCGACUCUUCCGCCUGCCCCCUGCCACCACUGACGCAAUCUUUAGACUCCUGCUGGGGGCUAGCUGGAUAGCUGAAGCUGGGGGGAACAGUUCUGGUGGGGGGAUGGGAGGGGCGAUGGGAGGGGGGAUGGUGAAGCAAGAGGGCAUGUGA